UCCAAAGACUCCAAAGUUCAUCUCGUUUUUCUUCAAACACCUUCCCUCUAAUAUCACAAAGAAAUAAAUCCUCUGGAUCUGUCACUUUGCCUUUUAAAGACAGCUCCUCUCCAGCACGUUUAGUGCAGACACUAGGAAAUGGAAAGCAGUCUUCUUAUAAAACAGAAAUGUCUUAUGAUGGCAGACCACCAGUCCCAAUUCCUAGCAAAUGUAAACCACAACAAAAUCAAACCGAAAAUGAGAGUCUGUUCCAGUAUCAGUGGUAUUCUGGCAGCAUUUCAAGACAAGAAGCUGAGAGAGCUCUUAAGUCAGUUAAUCAGGAUGGUACCUUUCUGGUGAGAGACUGUUCCCAGUUAACGACAACACAACCAUAUGUGCUUAUGGUCUUAUACAAGGACAAAGUGUAUAAUGUUCGAAUCCGCUUUAAUCAACAAGAUAAUGUAUACUUCUUAGGAUCUGGAGGGCAAGAGGCUUUCUCCUCUGUGUCUGGAAUUAUUGAUUACUUCCAAAAAACUCCUCUUCUUCUUAUUGAUGGGAAGGACCGCUGGUCCAGAAAUCACUGCAAGCUUCAAUUUGCUGCUAAUCAACUGGUUUGAUCACCAAAAAUAGAGAUAAUUCUCUAAUGCUAAAUGAAACAUAUUGUAAAGGCUAACAGAAAGGUUAUGCUAUGCUUGAUAA